AUGAAAGUUGCCAAAUGUGGCCUGGCCUACGAAGCGACUGGGUCAGAAAAGAACGACUUCGGCCUCGUUCUGAUCCAUGGCUGGGGAUGCCGCCAUUCAGAUUACGACCUUGUUCUCCAACAAUUGCAGCCCGAGAAAGACGUCGACUAUCGAAUCGUCGCCAUGGACCUCCCUGGCCACGGGGAGACGCCAUCGCAAGUACUUCCACAGCCAUCCAUGACCGGUUUCGCAGAAGUCGUCCUCCAACUCUGUCAGGGACUGGGCUUGAAAAAGGUCGUGCUGGCCGGCCACAGCAUGGGCGUCCGCAUCUCUCUCGAAGCCUUCCGCCUAUCCCUCGACAACACCCCCUCUACCCCAUCCAUCCAAGGAAUCAUCUUAAUCGACGGCAGCAACUACACCCUCCGCCCGUCCCUCUUCGCCUUCGACAAAGGCGACGCACGCAGCACGGCCCUAACAGAACCCCAAAAAGCCGCAAUGAGAACCGCAGCGUUCAAUGACAUGUUCUCCCCUCUGACGCCCCAGUCCUUCCGCGACUCCACUUUAGCGCACAUCGCGGACAUGGAUAAGGAUCACAGCCAAGCCGUGCGGGCGGCGAUGAUUUCUUAUGACCGCGAGCGGAUGACGGAGACGGUGGAGUUGUUGGGGAAGGAAGGCGAGCCUCCUGUGUUGAAUAUUCAGAGUUCGGAUAUUGGGGCUGAAAAUCAGAGGAUUCCGAUGAGGGAGGGUCAGGUCUCGAGGUGGAUGGCAUUCUUGGGGGAGAGGGUGCCGAGGGCGAGGCAGGUGGUUGUUGAGGGAAGUGGGCAUUUUCCGCAUGUGGACCGGCCUGAAGUGAUCGCGAGGUUGGUGACUGAGUUCAUGAGGGAGGUGAGAUGA